AUGGCGACACCAUCUGUUGUUUCCAUUUCCCCCCCAAACACGGGUGUCUUCCACGUCCCCCUCAGUCAGUCAUCCAUCGCGACAGUCAACCAGUUCCUCCAAGAGAAUCACGAUCGGUAUCAUCCAUUCUUCAAUGAGAAAGGUUUCCAUAACCACAUCACACAUUACCUACUUGCGGCACUUUCUUUGGGUGCCACACCCGUUCAGCUCACUCGAGCUUUUGAACAAGAAAAGGCUCUCCAGCGUGCGCAAUUCCCAUUGAAUGAGAAGAACAUGCAAAAGCUGGCUGAUACCGACUUUUUCCGAUCAUGCAUGGGUCAAGAACAGUACUACCGCGAUUUUCUGAUCUUUUUCCAAAAGGAGAUCAAAGAGAAAGGCGCUGGGGCCGUGGUGAAUGAGUACGUCUUCUCUCACAAGGAGAAUGCCGAACUGAUGUUCACCCGACUCUUCGCGAGUACGUCUGGCAACCCUUCCAUGCAAUACCAUGUGUUAUCAAGAAAACUCACAUUGAUUGCAGGUUUUUUACAUCCCUUGAUUCAUCUUGGAUAUGGUAUCGAAUUCAAUCAACCCGCAAUCAUCGCUGAAGGACUCGCCCAGUCAGCUGUCCAUAAGAAUGAAGUUUCCGUGGCAAUGUUGGGUGCAGAGGCAGCCGCGUCAAGUCUACCUGGCGAGCCAUCACCUUCGCUCAUUGACCUCCUCAACCAAGUUCGGUCCAAUAAGUCCGUCCGCGACGCUUCCUGCUGGGGUGACGGCAGUUGGAUUGAGGAUGUCCCUCUCACCCAGGCCCCAGAAGAGCUAUGGCGGAUUGCUGCACAGUGGCGUGUCCAGCCAAAUGAGCUAAAAGCAAAAACCGCGGAAAUGAUUAAUGUCAACGGCUUUAUGUGUGGCGCAGCCCAGAUGCCGCCCAAGGAGUAUAAACUCGAUUUCUUUUUGAUUCACAACUUGAACUGCUCUAUCUUCUUCGCAUCCUUCUUGAAGCAAGGCUGGAUGAGCACCGAGAGCAAGAUUCGUCUCUUGGAAUGGAAGGGUCGUUUUGAUGUCAUUUCCUAUGCUGCUCGUGGGUCCCCUCAGCUUGCAGUCAACGAGAUCAAAAAUUACGUGCCGAAGCGCCCAAGUACUGGUUGGGAUGAUCUUUAUCAGAGAGUCAAUGAUAUGGAUGAUGACUCCCAUGUUACCAAAUUCCUGCGGGGUAUGGCUCAUGGUGAGCAGUUUUGUGAACAGUUCGGGGCUGCUCAAGAAGAAAGGUUCCCUCUUAGUGGUGAUAUGUGGCGACGCAUUGGUCAUAUGGCUGUUGACACAACGGAAAAAGAGCCCGUGGCUAGGAAUCGCUGGGUGAGAGGGGCGGGAUUUCCAUCACAGUGGACUCAUUUCCACAACAGGCUUUAG